AUGUCAGGACUAGUGACUCGGUUACGUGGGCCAUCUGUAAUAUCUUCUUCCCAACUUCGCAUCCAGUCUAUACUCUCGCCCAUAGACCCUGGGGGCAACAGACCAUCAGAGACACCUUCGCAUCCGUUGCCGAAUUCGAAAAGAAAACUCGAAGAGCUAUCUCGUGUCCGGGAGGGCACAUCACCAGUGUCAAACUGGCUUCCUCGCCAUGACGAGCUCAGACAUGACGCCGGCGAUGAUGGCCUGAUAUGGACCCAGACACCGUCCAACUCUGAUGAGAGGGCUGGGAGGACAAGUUCCAGAACUAAACUGCCCAUGAGAUCUAGCAUUGCCUGUGUUCGAUGCAGGCGAUCAAAGAUAAAAUGCAAUAACGAUGGAGGCCAUAGCCCCUGUGAUCAUUGCAUCAAGGGAGGCCACCAGUGCCAAUAUCCCGAGCCGGCCCCUAUCCCACCAAAACGAAGCGAAUCUCAAGCAGCGGCCAGAUCAGAAAAGGAACCACACCCGGAAAAGAAAAGAACAAGAAAACUAGACGAUGUGCCCGGACGCAAUAGUGAGAGGUCGACCGCUUACGCAGCAGAAGUUCUCGCAUAUCCCUUUUUGACAACUGAGCUCUGGAGUCAGCUGCUCAGCAUCUACAAACAGCACUAUGCAACAGAACUCCCCUUCAUUCAUCUACCAUCGCUCAAGGAAAGGAUGAUCAGCGAGCCUGGGCAGAAACAAGACUGUUCAUCUGAACUGAACCUGGUGCUGCUCGGCAUCCUGACACUCACUGCUCGAUUCCAUCCGGACCUGGUGCGCUACGUGACCCAUCUACAGAUCUCACAGCAAGGACAUACUCGACAACGUACAUCGCAACCCAAAAAAAACCCAGUGGCUGCUUCAGACUUUUUUGCUACCGUUCUCACUACAGCCCUAGGGCCUCUGCGGACGGCUAUGGAUACCACCACCGUGGAGAGAGUACAGGCAUUCUUGAUGCUCGGACUGUUCGAGUGGAGCCAAGGACACGAGUCUGCGUGGAUGUACAUCGGGAUUGCGACUAGAAUGGCCAAGAUGAUGAAGCUCGAGCUUGACGACCAACGGAUGGGUUUGUUGGAGAAUCAGGCACCUGCAUCGCAACAAUCUCGAACGAGGUCAGCCGAAAUCGCCAUCGUCAGAGAAACUCGACGACGAACAAUGUACAGUUGCUUCAUUCUUGAUCGCUUGAUGGGACACGGGAGUGGUCGAGCUCUUAGCACUCCAACCGAUGCUUUGUGGAUACAGUUGCCGUGCUCUGAGAUGGCAUUCGAUUUGUCUCUCCAUGUCUACACCGGGUUUCUAAGGCAACCCGAAGGAUUUAUCCAGCCACGAAUGAACGAUGACAGUACUUUGAGCCAGUUCAUUAGGCUGAUCGAUAUAUGGAGCGACAUAUCGAUAUAUAUCUCAAAGGGUGGCCGUGAGCAAGAAAAUAUUCCUCCUUGGAACAACAGAUCAAAGUUCUACGAGCUAAGGGCCAGACUGAACACAUUCUACAACGGACUACCCGAUACGUUUACCUUGUCUCGACAAAAUUACUACCGCCACGACAACCAUCAAGCAACCAAUACCUACGUUUCGCUGCAUAUGUUGGCCUCUGCUUGUCAGAUUGUCUUGAAUCGAGAAUACUUACCAUUCCUGCCCCUUCGCUGUCGUGGACCACAAGGUCCCGUCGGCCGAGUCCAACCUAUUCUCGAUCAUGCCCCAGGUGGGUUUUGGGAAGAGAGUGCAGAACAAGUUUUCCUAGCGUCUCGAAAUGUGGUUGACUUGAUAGAGCUCUGCAAAGACAAGUUACCCCUAUCAUCGCUCACUACAUUUUCCAUCUGGCUGGCAGGAUUCAUGGCGGUAUAUGCUCGGCAUUUCCCCUACAUGGAUCUGAAGUUGAAGAUGACGAGUCAGAAAAUGCUUGAUUCCGCGCAUACAUCGAGUAUUCUCGAGGAGGAAAUGGUCGGAACAUCUUAUCAAGCGUUGCGAAGAGCCACGACUUACUUGCCCGCUGCGCAAAACUACUUGGACAACCUCGAGAGCACGAAUCGUUAUUUCUCGCAGAUGAAGAAUCCCGUUUUCCAAAAUCAAGAAGCCACUCGUUCGACAGGAUCAUUAGAUGAUCACGCCCAGAGAAUAGACUCUGCGUAUCGUCACAGUACGAGCCCAACGUUGCCGAGCAUACGGUCAACCCUAGAAGACCCCACCAAACUUGCUGCUUCAACAUCCAAAAGCCAAUUCUUAUUACCUGGAAUCGAUGAGGAGCCUUUCGAGAUAGACGUACCAAAGCUCGUGGGUAGGAAUAUUGAAAUGCUGGAGUCGCAACGGAUGAGCAAAGUCUUGAAUGAUUUGGAAGGAUUUUCUGGCGCAGGAAGGUUGAGAGUGGUAUUCGAAUAA